AUGACUUCCUCCGAUAAACUGUCAUUGAUUUGCUACUUUGUCAUGAAUCCUAAGAAGCCAGAAACAUUAGAUAUAACUUCCAACCCCAAUAGCCUAGAGUCCAGAAUAUCUCCAGGAGAGGAAGAAAUUCAAACCACUCGCGAAAGAUUUGGCUGGUUCCGCAUGAAGAAAGCCAGAAAUUACUCUACGGGAUAUGAAAAUGAAGUGCACGAUAUAGAACAGGGUCAAGUGAUCAGACAUGACGGUAGCAAUUUGUCCCCGUCUUCAUCAAUGAGAUCAGUGGCUAAUACUGGGAAUAUCAGCGCAGACAUGUCUGCGUCUUCAUCACGAAUAAGUUCGUACUCAUCAACAGGCUCAGAGUACACAUAUGAAAGAACUCCAAAGGCAUAUUUCCACCGAUUUAUUGAUUCCUUUAAACCUUUUGAUUAUUCUCAAUUCCCCAUGUAUGCGGUAGCAACCUCCAAUUCGAUGAUUUCACAUGACAUAACUACUGAUCAAGAUCCUCGACUGAACCCAGGUGACCCUUCCAAUACCCAAAAAGAAUCUCCAGAAUCUGCAUCUAAAAAUGAACUAGCACCAGCAGAAUUCGAUUAUGCUAGAUUAUCAGAGUUAGAGAAAGCAGCCAUUGUUACUUCCACUGCUCCACUUUCUAAAGAUCUUAAUGCCAGGCAUUUAGGCUUAAUAUCUUUAGGCGGUGCAAUUGGUACAGGAUUAUUCAUUGGUACUGGCGAAUGCUUAGCAGCUGCAGGUCCUUUUGGAAUGCUUAUAGUGUGGUGUUUUGUAUUUGCAGCCGUUAUGCCUACAAUGGCUUCAUUGGCAGAAUUAGCUACUGCUUUCCCAGUUCUGGGUGCAUUUGUGACUUUUAACACAUUGUUUGUUGAUUCAUCUUUUGGAUUUGCUAUUGCUUGGAAUUAUGCUUUACAAUGGCUCAUCACUUUCCCAUUAGAAUUGGUAGCAGCAUCUAUCACCAUCGAAUACUGGGAAACAGAUAUCCACCCAGCUAUAUUUGUCACUGUGUUUUACAUAGUGAUUGUCGUUGUUAACUUGUUCGGAGUUAAAGGUUACGGUGAAGUAGAAUCUGCCCUUUCUAUUAUGAAAAUUAUCGCAGUAGUGGGGUUUAUUAUACUUUCCAUCAUAAUGGUAUGUGGAGCUGCAGGCAGAAACCGUACCUUUAUUGGUGGAUCAAACUGGCAUCAACCACAAGGUGGUAUGUUCAAUGAGGUAAAUCCCUUUAAAAAUAUGUGUUAUAGUAUUUCUCCUACGGCAUUUGCCUUUGCAGGUAUUGAAUUGUUUGGUUUGGCAGCUUGUGAAACAUCUAAUCCAAGAAAAUCAAUCCCCAAAGCCAUGAAACAAGUGUUUUGGAGAUUGUUUUUGUUUUACAUAAUCAGUAUAGUGAUGAUUGGUUUGUUGGUUAGUUACAAGGAUCCAGCAUUAAUUAAAUUGGGCUCAGAUUCUAAGCUUACUAAUUCUGGAGUUGAUAUUAAAGUGUCACCUUUUGUUAUAGCCAUAAAGAACGCUGAGAUCCAAGUAUUGCCUUCAAUCUUUAAUGUUGUUAUCAUUAUCACAGUGCUUGCAGUGGGGAAUGCCUCAGUUUAUGGUGCCUCGAGAACACUCGCUGCUUUAGGAGCUUUAAAACAAGGACCUUCAAUUUUGGCUUAUGUUGAUAGAGCCGGAAGACCGAUAGUUGCACUUCUUGUUCAAUUUAUUAUGGGAUUGUUAUGUUAUUUGGUGGCAUUACCAGGUCCACUGCAGACCAAAAAUGUUUUCAAUUGGAUGCUUUCUUUAUCUGGUGUUUCUGCAUUAUUCACAUACAUUUCCAUUUGUAUUUGUCAUAUCAGAUUUAGAGCUGCUUUGAAUUUCCAAGCCAGAGUUGCUAGCGAAGAGUUGGCAUAUGCUGCUCCAUUAGGAUGCUCAUGGUAUGGGUUAAUUUCCAUUUCAGUGAUUUUGGUACUUCAGUUUUGGGCAGCCUUAUUCCCACCAGGUAAUGGAGGUAAAGCAGACGCAGUUGGAUUCUUACAAAUCUACUUAGGUUUAAUUGUGUUGAUUGCUUCGUAUAUUGGUCAUAAGAUUUAUAUCAAGAUUCGGUUUGGAUACCCAUUGACAAAGUUAUGGUUGAAGGCCAGUGAGAUUGAUGUUAAUAAUGGUCGUCGGAACAUCGAUUUGGACGUUAUCAAACAAGAAAUGGCAGAAGCGGAAUACGAAAGGACAAAGAAGAAUAUAUUUAUAAGGAUGUAUAAUAUUCUUUGCUAG